CAGGUUAUUGUCUAUUUCGCUGCUUCGUUAUAUAACACAAGUUCUAAUAUCGUGUUUUUAAACCUAGUCCUUCAUGCAACAGCGAAAUUCAAGGUAGUGGAGUCUUCGUUCUUAAGUAUGGGAGAAAUGAUGUCUGCAAAUAAAGAUGAAGAUGACAAACUUGAACAGAUCACAGCAACACUUGAAUGUCAUAGCGGAAAAGAAACUCUUGUUGAUGAGGAUUUUGUUAAAUAUAACCAAUUACAAUCCAGAACAUCUGUAACUGACCCUAACAAUUACCCUGUUGGAAAUGAUCUUCAGCUUUGUUUAGACGGAGUAUUUAAUUCUGAAUGUUCUGGAAUAGAAGAUUUCCUUGUGGAAUGUAUUAAACAACACCAAGACGCAAUCGACUUCACGCGUCAUUUGAAUCAUAUUGUAAGCCCUUGGAUUGCUUUCGCACUUCUAAUUCACCAGCUGCUUCUAGUGGCCGAGGUGUUCCAAUUAGCAACGAUUCUCCGGCGGGCAUACUCCUACUACGCUGUUCUCAGGAAGAUGAAGGAACCUUGAGUUUUAUCAGUGGUCUAAAUUACAACCAUGCAUAUUUGUGAUCAGUUUAUGAAACUUUCACGGUGAUACUUUAUGUUUUGAAAGUUUGCUUUAAUAGAUUUUCAGUUUUUUCACCAGUAAAUUAAUUUCUUGUGUUGAAUUUCAACAUUAUUAAUAACUGUGGCUGACUUCUACAUUAUCAUACAUCAUUUAUACAUUUAAAUAGAAUUUAAUGUAUAUUUUGGGUUUAUUUCAUUGUGGCAACUUUGAAGAUUGUAUUUAAAAGUUUGAAAUUUUUAUUUAGAAACUACAUCCUGUACUAAUAUCGUUUUUCAGUAUUAUAAAUCUGUGUUUCAGCAAAUGUUUUAUAUUGGUUUGUUGCAGAGUUAUUUCAGAUCAUCAGAUUACUUGGAAAUCUUUAAACA